AUGAACAAAAGAGACUUUUUUUGCUUAUCCAGAAUUUUACCCAAAUACAGCAUGAGCUACAUAAACAACUGUAUACGAAGAUAAUGUUCAAAAAUGUCGAAGCAUAAGAUAAUUAAGCAUGUGAAGCAUAGAUUCAAGAAUGUAUUGGUACUGAAAAAAGUUGUGUUUUUGAGACAACCUUGCGUACCUAAUUACAACGUGGUAGAGAGACUUUUUUUAAUUUUAUAGAUAGUUCAGGAACAAUAACUAAUUAAAAAACAGUAUAAUGUUAUAAUGAUUUGUAAAGUAAAGAUACGCACAAAGGCAUUAGUUAUAGCCUAAGAUUCACUUGAUGGUUUCUUAAGUGUAUGGAUAUUUGAUGGAGAAGAUAUUAGUGUGAAUCCAGAAAUUGCAACUUGCAGUCAUUAUUAUAAAUACGCUAGAGAUGGAACAAAUUUUAGGAUAGUGUUAUUAUUUGAAGUAAAUUGGAAGAAGUAGGAAUUUAAAACAAUCUAUCUUGCGAUUUAAAAAAUUGACUUUUCAAUUUUUAAGAAUUUAUUACAUAUUCCCACUUUAACCCAAUAAUUUAUACAUGCUAUCAAGUGUAUAUGUAUAGUUAUUAAGAUGAGAUAAUUAAAUUCAAAAAUCUGUUGUAGCAUACCUACUUCAGACGAAGGAUUCGAGUUCAAGUCUUCGGGGGGUAUGGUAAUUUUUCUAGCUUUUAUAUUAGAUAACAAGUGAAUUAAACUAGUUUUUAACUAAUUCUAGAUAUCUUUGA